CUGUCUCUCUUUUGAAAACUUGGGGCAGGGGUAGCUUCAGCCACAGAAAGCGCUACCGUGAGAAACUUUCUGGGGCGGGCGGGCGCGCGCGUGGGGGGAAACAAAGAAGCAUCAUUUUCGAUAUCCUUGUCAGUUUGUUCACAAUGUGGAUCUUGUUGAUUCGCGUCAGAGCACUCUACCAUUAUCGUUCUCAAGUCUCGCGGUCAAUUGAAUGACCCCCCUUCCUCACUUUUCGCUCACACACUGCAUAGCACACCCGGAACAUCAGCUCUUUCUUUAAUCACGCCACAAUGGCGGAGGAGGAACCAGCACAGAACAGGUCCUUUCCCAUGCCUCCAGACUACUUCUGGAAGGACUUUACACCCCAAAAUAUCGAACGCAUCCAACAGCUGCGCAAUGAAUACAAGGACGCCACCGGCAUUGACCCCCCACCUCGAUUACCUUCACUGCCGGAGGAACUAUGGCACCUCCAACCGCCAGCAGAACCAGCAGAUGGAAAAUGGAAAGUGUUUGGAGAUACAUAUACUCUUAAAGACGAACUCCCCACGCUCGAGGACCAAAACAUUCAACGAGUAAUCCCGACCCCACCACCACCCGACUCCGCCGUGCCCGCGCACGCCGACCGCGCCCUGGUCAUGAAGCGGCUGGCCAAGUCGAUCCUGCUCAACUUCUUGGAGCUGGUGGGCGCCAUGGCGGUGCAGCCGGCGCACGGCGAGGACAAGGUAGCCGACAUAUCGGCGCUGCUCAUGAACAUGGAGCACGCCAUCAACGAGUACCGCCCGCACCAGACGCGCGAGCAGCUCAUCCAGACCAUGCAGGAGCGCCUCGACCGCACCCGCGCCGAGACGGCCGCCCUCCGCGCCGCCGCCGACAAGGCCAGGCGCGUCCUCGAGGGGCUGGGAAGCAUAAAGGUCCCCACCAGGGAGGAGCUGCUGGGCGACUGGGCCGUCACGAGCGAGGAUUUAGCCAGGGAGGAGGAGGCGCGGAGGAGGAAGAGGCAGGCGGACAGGUGGGAGGCUAUGGAUGCUGCAUUUGCGUAGGUGGGUGCGGCGCAGUGAGAUGAGCCAUGCUUGACAAGCGAGCGAUCCAAGCAAGCCGAGCACGCAGAACGGCCACGAGAGGCUCAUGGGGCGGCGAGUCAACUAACCGGCUCGCGAUAUGGUCUCAAGGAGCGGUGACAGAUGAAGCGCCUAUGGUGUUCUGACCUCAUAGGGGUACUGCCUGUCAACCCCAGGAUGGGAAUUGAGAAGAACUUCCGCAAGAUUUGCCCUGGACACGAAGCUAUGGAGACAUAUGGCUAUCCGCCUGAGCAAUGGAGGACUUGGAGUGUAAAACUCACAUGGUAGCCCCUGGGACCCAGAUCGCUGUCAACCUGACCUAGAAUUUGGUUCCCGCUGCAUAGGUCUUGCAGAUAGGGUGCCCCAUAAUAUAAUAAAAAGCAAGAGGACCAACAGUACUCAUUCACAUUACACACAGAUAAACGGUUCUUGGAAGCUUCAAUCACAGACCACAACUUUUGAAAGUCGAUUAUUUUACUAUUUAGAGGGUAUUUGUCUAUCAUCUAUCAUAAAUUUCCAUGCCUGUGGCGUCCAUCAGACCCCAUUGCAUAUUUUAUUAUAUCCAAACACACAAAAGCCAUGACAAACAUUAAAUCCAGCGAGUCUAGAUCCUCUACAGAAUCUCUUCGGGCUUCACGAUAACCCAGUUCUUGUCGGCGGUGACCUCCUGUCCCAGGCUGGCCUGCUCCAUGGUGUUGUUGGCAAUCAUGCCCUGCAGCUGAUCCAUGUUGCUCUGCUUCUUGUUGAUCCACAGCCUGACGCCGCC